CCCUAGCUUCUAACAGACCAGUCCAUACAUUUAAAGUUGUGUUAUGAUUGGUCGACUGUUUUAUUUAUCAUGUAAUUGGUUGAUUUCAUGUGCAUGUGAUUGGUCAAAUACAUUAACUUGUCAAUAUAAAUCCGUAGGAGUUAGGAAAAUUUGACUAGAAUAAUGUCUACCAGCGUUGUUACUCCGGUGUAUUCGGUCUCUUGUUUGACAGAUCCAUCAUAUGAUGCAGUUUUGUUACUGAAUGAUGAUAUUGAAAAUUUACCAAGAACUUUACAGCUGGCUUAUAAGUCCUUGAAGGAGUUCUGUGAGGUUAAUCCUAAGUUUUCAGAUGAAAUCAGUGUGAUUCCAUUCCCAGAACAUCCAUCAAAAAGAUUAAUUUUUAGUCCAACUGGUCGGUUAAAUACAGAUGAAGCGGACAUUCGUAGCGUGUAUGAUGCUGCUGUGAAUGGCAUGUUAAAGUUGUUAAACAUAGGUUGUAAAUCACCGCUAUUAUGUUGUGGAUCAUUCAUAUCAGCACCGAAAGAUUCUCAAUGGUCUGAACGUAAUUGUUUAUUACUAAAUGCUGUAUUGGGAGCAUAUCAUGCAUUGUACACACCUCUUGAGGUUCGUGAAAUGCUUCCUGAGAAAUUUCCUAAAGCUAUUCGAUUUGGGGUGAUGGAAGCUAAUGACUCCUUACUAGAUAUCGCUAAAGCUAUUGAAGAAGGACGAACAUUAGCACGAGAUAUUGGUGGUUCGGAUCCUGAGCGAAUGGCAGCCCCAAAAAUUGUUGAAUACCUACAAAAUGCUUUAAAUGGUCUUAAAGGUGUUACAAUCACUGUCGAUAAGGUUGAUGCUAAGAAAUACCCAUUAAUGGCAGCGGUAAAUAGAGCAGCAUCAGUUGUACCUCGUCAUGAUGGGAGAGUUGUUCAUAUUGAUUAUAAACCGUCGAAUUCCAAAGAGAUCGAUACAUCAUUAUUUCUUGUCGGUAAAGGUAUCACUUAUGAUACUGGUGGAGCUGAUGUUAAAGCCGGUGGAAUUAUGGCUGGGAUGCAUCGAGAUAAAUGUGGUGCUGCAGCAAUAGCUGGUUUAAUGAAAACUAUUGGAUUACUGCAACCAGACGGUAUAAGUGUUUCAGCAGGUUUGGCAUUUGUGCGAAAUAGUGUUGGAGCUGAAUCAUAUGUUGCCGAUGAAAUAAUCAUUGCACGCUCUGGACAACGUGUACGUAUUGGUAAUACAGAUGCUGAAGGUAGAACGGUUAUGGCUGACUUAUUAUGUGAAGCAAAAGAAAAGGCACUCACAGCUAAGAAUCCAUUUAUAUUUACUAUAGCCACAUUAACUGGACAUUCUAUUCGAGCUUACAAAAACUUCACGGCUUUGAUGGAUAAUGGUCCAGCACGAGUUAAAAAGGUAUCAUAUGAAUUACAAAAUUCUGGUGAUCUAAUCUCUGAUAUUGCCGAGGUAAGUUUUCCGUUAAAACAAUUUAUUUCGUCACAGAAGAUGAGGAUUACGUGAAUAACAAUUAUUAUGGUUUGUACUGAAUUCGUUUUAUUUCACUUUUUCUGUGUAGUAAUUUAUAUCAUAAAUUGACUGAAAUGGUAUGAAUAAGGUAGGUUAUAGGCUUUAAAAUAUCAAGUAACCUAUUCUAGCGGUAAAAUUUGCUUAUAAAGAAUGCGGUAGUUUGGUAUCGACGGCGCACGAUUUGUAACCGUUAAGUCGAAGAUUUAAAAUCUCCACUUACUUUUGAGCAUUGGGCUGGUAUCAUUACUCUCCACACAAAUCUUUAUGUAGUAAAUGGGUCGGAAAGACAAAAAAGGCUUACAAAGGACUUUCAUAGUCAUUUAACUUCAAUUAAGUAAGGGGAUAAAUGGCGUGAUCAACCGCAGACGACAUGCCCAAAUUACUUUCGAGAAAUGGGUAUAUUAAUACUACUACUGGUUGAUAAUACUAAUUGAGAGUGUGAUAUUGAGCAAGUAAAUUAGUGAAAUGGAUCCCGUUUGAGGAAUGUAAUUCAGCAAGUGAGACGCGUGUGUGGAAUUCUUAUAAGUGUUCCAAUUAAGCAACCAAGAUACACAUGCAAAUCAUCAUGGGAAAAGAUUGGUUACAUCCGGUGUGAUACUUUUACGGAAAAUUGCUAUGCACCAGGGGUUUGUAGACUGUCUAAUCUUGAGGUAUUAGAGAUGAAGCAUACUAUCCAAAGCACAAUUAAAGGGAACAAAAUUACCCCCAGAAAACAGCAUUUCAUUAUGUCACAUGAGAAUAUUAACAGUUACUGGGAAUUCAUUAGGCGAAAUCUUUUGGUAGUAGCGCAUGCAGAAUAGACUAGUACAAGAAUAAACUAAAAUAUUGGACUAACAGUAUAAAUUAAUUACUAAUUACGGAAUUGAAGUCAUAUAAAUGGUUCAAUAUAACUCAACCUAGUUACUAACAGCGAAACCAAAUGAAGCAAGUGGAUGAAAUUUGAGAUUUGUAAUCAAAUUAAUGAUAUGUAGCUCAUAAGAUUGUCCUUAUUGUAUUUUUGGAUUUUGUAUGAAGAGUACAAACCAUAUUUAAAACAGUAAGGAUACAUUGCAUUAUAUCAACCAUAGAAAGAAAUAAGGUAGGAAAUAUUUUGUGGAUGACUACUCACUCGAUCUCAUCAUAAAGCCUUUAUCGAACUCAUUGACAAACACAAAAUCAAAUAUAGAAACCAAGAGAGAUUACCGUACUAAACAUGAAGGGCACGUAGAAAAUUACGGCCAUGUUAUUGAGUUCAUUUGAAAUAGACUUAGCACAUAAAUCACUAGUAUUACUUAAAUCAACGCAAACCGAAAGGUGAAAUGAUAAAUAGGGAUGAACAGCAUCUACAAAACAAACUGCUGCAACUGUAGAAAAUGAAUCAUCAGACAAAGGUUCCAUCUUCUACUCUUGGAUGAGCAUCGACUUAUAGUGAAGCGUCACGACACAUCUUCGCUUAUAUCAACGCAUUUAGACAAUAUUGGAUGCAAACUGCAAUGGGAAAUCUUUGAAAUUUCGGACAUUUCUAACAUCAGAAAAUUUGGAAACAAACAAUCAAUAUAUCGCAAAAGGACUUAACGUAUCGACCAAUUACUAAAUUCAUAAACAAAUAUAAGAUUGGGGUUCAGAUCAAAGGGGAAGACAAUGUAAGUGUGCAAGCAAUAACAAAACUAUUGUUGACAGCAACCAAUUAAAAUUAUUGUUGGCAGAACAAGCUGUCAGUCAUUUGAAGAGAGAUUUCAUUAACUCCUUUAUUCCUAAGAUUUACGUUGCUUAUUUUGUCGAAAAAGACAAUGAAAGUUUUAUGUUUUAACUAUCAAACUAAAAAAGCACAACCUCAUAAAAAUCUUACUUUUACUCUGAGUAAUUUCAUAUGGUGGCCAAUCUGUUCAAUUUUCUUUGUACAUGACAAAAUCAGGGACUGUUGAGUAUAUCAUCAUCAUAACUUAUCGAUAAAUAAGGAUAUGGAAGCGGGAAUGAAAUUCAUUAAUUCUGUUUUCUAUCACUUUAGAUUACAAUCUUAUCUCACUUCUGUGUCAUUUAAUUAAGCGAAAUUAUACAUACAUACAUACAAAAAUAAUUUAUACAUUGUGCCAAUAAACGUGAUUGAAAUCUCUAGCUUUUUCAGUCAUACUAAAGUGAAAGUAUGCUUUACUGAUGACCCUCGGUGACUUUCGAAAUGACCUCGUGAAAAUCAAUUUUCAGCCCAUUAUAAUGUAGAUAAUAUACAUGUAACCUGACAGCCUGAAAUGUGUUGGGGUUAGAAUAUGUAAUUUGACUCAUGGGUAAAGGUGUGUAGUGAGGUUAAACGUUAAGAGUAAUUAUUAUUUAGCGGAAAACACCUUCCAGGUACAUGAAUGAAUACUUAUGCAUUUAGUUAUUUGAUUUCAUAUAUCGAUGGCCUUUAAGUUUCCUUGAAGACUCCACAAGUCAUAUAUAUAAUAACAGAAUUAAUGUCAGUUUAUAGGUAUAAUCCGCUUGAUAUAUAUAGUAAUAUUAAAUGGAUCCCAUUCUUUAGCAUCCCCAUGUUUAUCAAUUGUAAGCGUUCUAGUGAUUCGGUUUGUUUCAAGGUUUUGUUUAUUUCCUACUCAGCUCUUAAAAGGGAUAUAAGCUAUCCUUAAUUGUUUGUUAAAUUGGGUUCAGAAAUCCAAUAGCCAUCAUCGUAAAUCUGAUUGGUUUGUAGGUAAAGUAUUCUUUUACCUAAACAUAUAAGAAAUAUAUCAUAAUUUAGUAUCAGCUGGAAUAGAAUCAGUGAGAACUAGAAAGUUACAAAUAACUGUUUUGUUGUCAGUCAGUCAACUAAAACGUAGGACCAGGCACAUAUGUGCAUCGGUCCAAGUUGUCAUACAUCAUUAGCACAAGAUGAACACCGAAUCGUUGUAGUCGUUGUUGUAGUUAAGUAGUGUUUAGAAAUAUAUUUGUAAUCAAAUCCUACAUGUUUAGAUGUCAUGACGUGCAUAACAUUUUUAUGUCACCUAGUUUAAAUCUAAUAGUUCGACCUCUCAACUCUCAUCAAUUUCUGAUGUAAUACGGACCCGUCUAAACGGAUAAGAAUUAUCAUUACUCCAAUAAACUCUAACAAUUUUCUUUCUAUAUGUAUAAGCAUAUUAUUGCUUCCUUUUUUAUGAAAAAAAUCAGAUUUCUACUAUUCGUAAAGAAGAUUAUGCUAUGAACAAGGCUAAAAGUGAAUAUGAAGACCUAGUACAGUGUAAUAAUCUGGCAAGCAGCGGUACACCACGAGGUCAUCAAAUGCCAGCGGCUUUUUUGGUUGUUGCUAGUGGCUUAAAUAAGGUAAGCGUUGAAAAAUGUGAUAGAAGUGUUUUUAUUCCAUAAUAAGACUAUUUUUUUUAUCAGGAUUGGUUUUUAUUCGUUUGUGGCUUUCAUUGUGAUCUACAAUCUCCGAAAGAGGUCGGUAAUUGACAAUUGUCUUUUCAUCUUCCUAAAUUGAUAGUUACCGGUCAAACUUGAAAUUGUUAUGAAAGAUUCAGCCAGUCAGUCAUAUGCAACAUGGUACCUGACACAUAUGCGUCGUCUCAAUUUAACACACCACAUCAGUAAGGAUUGAUGAAAUUAUCAAGAUAAGUCUUUCUCAUGAGAAACUACUAUUUAAACUCUAGAUAAUUUCACCUUAUGACAGUGAGUAUUAUUUAUGAGUCAGCUAUUCAAUGAGGUCAAGAAACUGAUUCAUCUCUAAAUUGUGUCAGUUUAUCCAACUGUACUAUCUCAUAACACAUUGAUACAUUUAUUGCAGCUACCACUUUUCACUAGUCCCAUAUACACUAGACUGUAAUAAUUUGGGUUUCUUC